AACGCGGCAUUAAUUAUUUCCCCGUCGCCUCCCUUCGCGUAACCCGAGUGGGCUUAACCCGAGUUGGUAAUCCAUUUUCUCGUCUCGCCCCGUGGCUAAUCUCGGUCGCCGCCAUGGAAGAUUCGAAGGGGAGCGGCGGCGGCGGCGGCGGCGCCGAUAAGCCCAGCGCUGAGCCAAACCCUAACCCGCCUCUGGCAGCCGCGGCGGCGGCUACCGAGGCCGGGCACGAGGGCGACGCCGCGGCUGAGGCGGCGCGGCGCCCGUUCACGGCCCUCAGCCAGGAAGAGGCCGACCUCGCCCUCGCCCGCGUCCUGCAAGAGCAGGAGCGGGCGUACAUGUUGCUUCAGAUGAACGGAGGCGGUGGCGUGGGCAGCGACUACGGGAGCUCGGAGGCUGGGAGCUACGAGUACGGCGAGGAGGGCGAGGAGGAGGAGUUGGAGCACCACCUCCGCGUCCACCACCACGAGCACCCGGUGGGCGAUGGUGACGGCGAGGGCGAGGGUGCCGAGGGCGCCGAGGGGAGCGACUACGAGGAGGAUUUUGAGGAGGAUGAGGAAGUAGAGCCAGAGUUAGAUCCUGCUGAGUUUGAGGACGAUGAGGCUUACGCUCGUGCGCUGCAGGAUGCUGAGGAGCGUGAGGUAGCUGCCCGGCUCAUGGCUCUCGCUGGUCUCAGCGAUUGGCGAGCAGUGGAUGUGGAGCAUGAGGAGCAUGUUAAUGAUCCACAGGAGGCAUGGCAGGAGGUUGAUCCAGAUGAGUACUCUUACGAGGAAUUAGUUGCAUUGGGCGAAGUAGUUGGGACAGAAAGCAGAGGUCUCUCUGCUGAUACACUUGCUUCUUUACCUUCAGUAACAUACAAGACACAAGAUGUUCAGGAUGGCAACACAGAGCAAUGUGUAAUUUGCCGUGUGGAAUUUGAGGAAGGUGAAUCUUUGAUUGCACUUCCCUGCAAGCACUCCUACCAUCCUGAAUGCAUAAACCAAUGGUUGCAGAUAAAUAAGGUAUGCCCUAUGUGUAGCGCAGAAGUUUCAACCUCAGGCAACAAGGAGGCAUGACCGCUCUCUUAUGGCCAUUGUCGGCAGUUGAUGGGAAUAACUAGUGGCAUCACUGUAGCAUCUGUAUUCUUGAAUCAAAAUCAGCAAAAAUGUUUCACAAACAUGCGAGGAGAUCAGGAAAUGAUCCUCUUGUCAGUCUCAAGUCCUCUCCUGGCUCUGCUCACUGUUCUUUUGUUGCCUUGCCGCCAUGAUCUAUAUUCCCUUGAGAUGCCUUAUGGCUGUUGUAUGAUCCUUAAAAUUCGCCAAUUAUAUUAUAUUAUUAGUCAUUCUUUUA